AGUCUUGCAACACUUGAAUCAGAUACUAUGCAGUGAUAAAGUAUUGUUGCAGCAGUACAACAGCUGCAGGCUCAAGCAUUUCAAUCAUCUCUGAGGCUCAGACCCAAGACCCUAAGUUAAACGAGAUACCAACCUUUUGCAAGGAGGAGGUUUCAUUUCUGUCUAUUUCCAAGGACAAGAGGAUGGCUGCCACUCUAGGACUUAUUUCCAUGCUUUGUUGUGUCAUGUUAUUUCCUAGGCUGCAUGCUGUCAUUUUGUAUACAGAGUCAAACUCAUCAUCCUCACCCAUUGCCAACUUGACGCUGAAUCCUGAAAAACUAAAGCUAACCUGGGACAGCAGUGUCACUGUUACUGAAUACACCUGUUCUAUGGAAGUAGGCCAGAGAGUCAUACGGAAAAUGGUGUACAAUAAAACCUGCAUGUUUAGCAUAAGCCAAGCUAAGCCUAUACAUAAAGGGGCAUUAUUUCGAGUUCAAGCAACGUACAACCACACUUUCUAUUCAGGAGAAGGCAGAUUCAUUCCUCAAGGUAUGAAUGGAACUUCUGUUGAAAAUUUCUCCUGUGUGAUUUACAUUUCCUUCAUGAAUUGCACUUGGGAGGUCGGCAGGAAUGCUCCAGAAGAUACCCAAUAUUUUCUUUUCUGGCAAUACUCAAAGGAAGAAGAUGAACAAGAGUGUCCACAUUACAUAAGAGAUGCAACUGGAAGACAUAUCGCAUGCAGUUUUCAAGAUGUGAAAAACAUUAAAAAUACAGUUUACUUCCUGGUGAAUGGGUCCAGCAAUGAAUCGGAGAUUCAGUUUUAUGGUGAGUACAUCAACUUAUAUGAAAUAGAAAAACUCACUCCUCCAUUAAAUAUCACUGUAAGCUGUUCUGAAGACCGAGCAGAGUGUAGAGUGCGAUGGAAAUGGCCCCAGAUAAGCCAUUUGGAAGGAAAUGGAGAUGGCUGCUUUGAGUAUCAAAUUGACAUUCGAAAUAAGAAAACUAAUGCCAAUCCCAAGGAAAGCUGCAACGAGUGUCCUACGGUAACAGAAACAAGCUACACAUUUCAGAAUUACAAUGUGGAAAAAAAAUACACCUUGCAAAUCAGAGCAAAAGGAGAUAUUUGUCGCAUAAGCCAGAAUUGGGGGGAAUGGAGUGAGCCAAUUGAGUUUGGUACGGACGGUGACCAUGAAUGAUAUCACUCUCCUGAGGCUGACAGAAAAAUAAAGACCGAAUGUUGCAUGAAUGGGACCAAAACCCAGGACUAUUCGCUGCUAUGCUUUGUGCUGCAAUGAUUCCAGACCACUUGCUACUGGCUUGGCGUGGUAAAGUGUCCUGCCGUG